AUGAAUCCAUGGAGUUGUCGAUCAAAUGGUGAUUGCAUUAUAAACCCAUUGACGAGAAACUUAUGCAAAAAAUGUCGGCUCCAGAAGUGUUUAGGCGUUGGGAUGAGACGAGAAUUUAUCAGAAGUGAUGAACAAAAUGAGAGGAGAAAGAAAGCGAUGCAAGAAAAUAAAUUAAAUAAAUUGAAACAGAAAGACAUUUUGGAUAAAUUGCUCAACAAUUCAAUUGAUGUUAAUUUGAAUGAAGUGACAGACAUUGGAAACAGUAUUACAGAUAUUACAUUAGAAGGGGAUUUGCUAGAAAUCAAUGAAAACAAUACAGCAAUUGUUCCCAUGUUUAGGGAAAUCACGGAUUAUAACGGUUUGAAUGAAUUGGAAAACAAUAGGAUAUCAGAGCUGACGAGCGCUGCCGUUGUGUUUGACUACAAAAUGCCUAAUAAUGUUGUCAUAAAAAUAAACACCUUUACAGAAAUGGUCAUAAACUGUAGCGCAAAGCAAGAGUGUCUAAUAAUGGACAUGGUCAAUUUCACUAAAUCUCUGUCCGGAUAUAACUCAGUUUGCGCUGAGGAUAGGGUGACACUAAUGAAGUAUGGCUUCAAUGAGUUGACGUCUAUCCAGGGCUUUAGGUUUUACGAUAAAUUGACCCAUAAUUUCUAUGUGCCUUUAAAUGAUGAUAAAUCUGUUCAGAUCAAUAUGAAUGUGAUGUUAACAGCAAUAAUAUAUUAUAACCCUAAUCGACCGAAUCUAACUCAUAAACUCAGUGUUAAGUGA